GAUGUCCACCGCGGUUUUACUCAACUCCACCACGCCCACCCAAACCCCCCACCCCGUUUUUUAAAAAAAGUUUUCUGGACACGUCGUUAGGGGACAAGAGCUGUCUUUGAGUCCUGGCGGAAAACAGGAUGUUGGAAGGGGGCGUUUCACCCGUCAGAGGCGAGCGAGCAGCGGCAGUUCCUCCGUCCUCUUCUCGCCCUCUCCACCUACUGCUUUUCCUGCAGAUCGGUUGCAUCCCUCCCCCUUCCUUCAGUGACUCUUGGCCGCCUGACUGGGACAUCCGUCUGAUUGGACGGAGGCAGUUCGGUGGGCAGGAGGAGGCCAAGGUGCAAGGGGAAAGACGGAAAAACCACAUUUCUGCAGGCGGCCGAGAAACCAACGGCCCACGCGCGCUCCCGAGCAAAGUCCCAUCCGCUGGACUCGGUUGCGCGGCGUCAAGAAAAAGCGACUUUGCACGCUUGCUGUAUCUCUUCCACUUUACUGCGGGAGCUGCAAGCAGCGGGCAGUGUAGGAAAGGGCCACCAUGGGGCCCCGGGAAGAGGAGCUCCGGACGCGCCUGCAGCGCAUCGGCCAGGCUCACCUGCUGCGCUUUUGGGCUGAGUUGGAACCGGCCCAGCGGAACUCUCUCUGGGAGACGCUGGUGCAGCUGGACGCCGAAGAGCUGAGCGAGCACUGCAAGCGGGCAGCGGAGGCCUGCGCUCGGGAGCAAGGAGGCUGUGGCCAAGGGAAGCUGGAGGGCAAUCUGGAGCCCAUCCCGUCCCAGUUCUUGGGCAGCGUCUGCAGGAGCGACAGGGCGACGCUGGAGAGGUGGGAGGAAGAAGGGCUCCAUCAGAUCUCUCAGGACAAGGUGGCGGUGCUUCUUCUGGCAGGGGGACAAGGAACGCGCCUGGGGGUGCCUUAUCCCAAGGGCAUGUAUGAUGUGGGGCUGCCCAGCCACAAGACCCUUUAUCAGAUCCAGGCGGAGAGGAUCCGCAGGGUGGAGCAGCUGGCUGGCGAGCGUUUUGCCACACAGUGCACCGUCCCAUGGUAUAUUAUGACAAGUGAGUUCACACUGAGGCCAACUGAGAAGUUCUUCCAGGAGCACAACUAUUUUAACUUGAAGAAGUCAAACAUCAUCAUGUUUGAGCAGAGGAUGCUUCCUGCUGUCACAUUUGAUGGGAAGGCAAUCCUAGAAGAGAAGGGCAAGGUUGCCAUGGCUCCAGAUGGCAAUGGCGGCUUGUACCGUGCUCUGGUGGACAACAAGAUCUUGGAAGAUAUGGAUCAGCGUGGCAUUCAGUACAUCCACGUGUAUUGUGUGGACAACAUCCUUGUCAAAAUGGCAGAUCCAGUCUUCAUUGGCUUCUGUGUCUUGAAAGGGGCCGAUUGUGGUGCUAAGGUAGUGGAGAAAGCCUACCCCACAGAGCCUGUUGGGGUGGUGUGUCGUGUGGAUGGAGUGUGUCAGGUGGUGGAAUACAGUGAGAUCACCUUGGAAACUGCACAGAUGCGGAACCCCGAUGGCCGCUUGACAUUCAGUGCUGGUAAUAUCUGCAAUCACUUCUUCACCCGUGGCUUCCUUCAGGAGAUAGCAGAGAAAUUCGAACCCCAGCUGAAGCACCAUGUGGCUAUCAAGAAGGUGCCAUUUGUCGACCAGGAGGGCAAUCUGGUAAAGCCUCUAAAACCCAACGGGAUAAAGCUGGAGAAGUUUGUGUUUGAUGUGUUCCAGUUUUCUAAGAAUUUUGUGGCCUUUGAAGUCCCAAGAGAAGACGAAUUCUCCCCACUGAAAAAUGCCGACACCGCUGACAAAGAUACGCCUACCACAGCACGGCAGGCACUUCUGUCCCAGCACUACCGCUGGGCUGUGAAGACUGGAGCAACCUUUGUUGAUGCCAAUGGCCAAAGAAUACCUGAGAAAUAUAGUUUAACAGGAGAUAAAGAGUCACCUGUUGUGUGUGAGAUUUCACCUCUAGUAUCUUACUUUGGGGAGGGUCUAGAGACAUACCUGAAAGCAAAAAAACUUCAGUCGCCUUUUCUUCUGGAUGAAGAUGUGAAAUUCAUGGCACAGCAUGAAUGAUGGAGACCUCUUUCAGGAGAUAAACUCUGGCAACCAUUCUUUUCUGGGGAGUUGCUUAUUUUCAAGUUUCUUUCAUAUAAUUCUUAACCUU